AUGGCUCGCACUGAACUGAAACUUGAAUUCAUAUCCAAUUCAAGAUCUCGCAAAAUCACGUUCGAGAAAAGAAAGAAGGGACUGAUGAAGAAGGCCGAGGCAUUCAAAAUACUCUUUGGCGUCGACACGUGUGUGAUCAUCUACCCAAUGUGGAAGUCCGGCGAUGGCCUGGUCCGGCCAAAGAUCUGGCCGCCGGACAGUAAGGAGGUAGAGCGCAUCAUCCUCAGCUAUCGAAGUGAGGCUGUGGAUCACCGUGCCAAGCACGCAACUGGACUCCGUGAGUUCUUUACAAGCCAGAAGAAGAAGAUUGACACGGAGCUCGCUGAGGCCCACAAGGCCAACUGGGAGGCCAAGUAUCCGGUGUCGGAUGAGUUCCUCAGAGAUCUUUCAGAGCCUCAACUGAGGUCGCUCCAGAGCGCUGAGGGCAAUAGACUCAAACAGACGAAGACGAGGCUUGCCACAAUGAUGGAGAAGAGAGUGGUCGAGACGGUGGCGCCAAGUUAUGGGAUUGUACCCCCACGGCGUAGUGGACCUCCAUGCAAGCGAUGCAGGCUUCAUGCAUGA